AUGAGCUUUUUCACCAUCGAUAAGCCUCCGGGCGUACCGUAUGUUGUGCUGAAGCUACUUCACUUGAUGGGCAUCUCGGUGGAAGAGCGCGUUCGGUAUGGACACGUUUUAGUGAUAUUUCUGGUCUUUCUGGUGGUGAUUGCUGUUCCGAAAAUGUGCUUCGGCUACCCGGACUUUGAGUCCACCGUUAUUGGAUUCGCGGAGUUGUUCUUCCAGACGAACCGAUUCGUCGGAGUGCUGCUGAUUGCGCUGUACAACGAAACGCUUACGAAACUGAUUCGAAAGGCUGAGGGUUUCACGCGUGAUGUGCUCACGGAGGCUCCACCGGUAGCUCAACACCUCAUCAGCCAUGACAAGCAGAUCAAUCGAGUGCUCAAAGCGUAUCUCAUCGCGAUCCUUGUGCCGGCCAACUUCUACAGCAACGCUCCCAUUGCGAUGACUCUGUGGAACUACUAUGGUGCUACUGGGAACGAAUCUACGAUUCAGUUCAAUCUGCUCAUGGAGGAGAAUUUCUACGGUCUGGACAUCCGAACGAAUCUGAGCCACUAUUUGAUUUUCGGGGCCAUCAUGGUGCCAACCGCGUACUUGUGCUCCUUCGUUGGAACGGCCAAGCUCGUCUCACUCCUGACCCUCAUCAAGUACUGCACCAUCUACUUUCAGGUGGUUAGCCUAAAGAUACGGGAUACUGCACGCCAUCAACGCUACGACACAGAGCUGAAUAAGAUCGUGCGAAUGCAUCAGGAUGCGCUAGAGAUGGCCACGGAGCUGAAGACGCUUACGGCACCCAUUUUACUGAUGCAGUUCCUCCUCUGUGUGCUCGUUUGGAGCUCCAUGCUACUCUACUUUACCGUCUCGGGAUUUGGCACACAGUUCAUCAAUCUUUUUGUACUGUUUCUGUUCGACACUACCGAAAUGUUUGGCUACUGCUAUCUGGGAAACGAGCUUUCCGAUGCUGCCUCUGAAGUCGGCACAGUGCUAUACGAAAACGGCUGGGAAGCCGAAAGUCCUGUCGUGCAGAAGAAACUACAGCUGGUGCUAUUUCGCUCGCAAAACCGCGUCGGUAUAAUGGCCGGAAAGUUCGCUUACAUGAACAUGGAGCAGUUUGGAGAGAUCGUUAGAACCACUUACUCGUUUUUCGUGGUUCUUCGGGAUGUGUUUUAA